AUGCCGUUGGGGAAGUAUUACUGCGAAUACUGUGACAAGGAAUUCCAAGACACCCCAUCCGCGAGGCGACGCCAUCUUCAUGGUCUCCAACACCUCAGAGCCAAAGCUCAAUGGUACGACUCCUUCAAAGAUCCCAGUCAUGCUUAUACGGAGAGCUUGACAAAAGGGGUUUGCAACCGCUUUGUCAAAACGGGAUUUUGCCCAUACGGGGAUUCUUGUAGAUAUCUUCAUCCCAAGAACAAUCAGCAGAAUAUGGUUACUCAAAGGGCACCAGGUUUGAUUGAUAAUAAUCAGUCUUCAACUUUUCAAGAGAACCAGUUGGUUGGGGGCAGCUCUUUGCCAGAUGUGGUGGUCAGAGAUAGCAUGGGAAUGUCAUGGGGCAAUCUACCUCCAUCUCUAAUGCCUCCUCCAGAGGGUGGAUAUCCGCCGCUUCCUUUUGUGGACUGGGGAUAA